CAGUAGAAAAAAGAGCCUUUGUACCAAUUGAAAAUACUCCUAGUUUGCAUAAAAAUAGAUUGGAACUAAAAGCGUCAUCAUUUCUGAAGUUCAAUGCCAUACAGUUUCAUAUUGCAUAAUUUUCCGUCAUUCAGUGUAUGCACACACAUUAACAGCAAUUGGAAUCAAUUGACACCAUCGAGACUAUAAUAGCAUCGUUCAUAUCAACAGCUUGUAAAUUGGAAUUGAUACACAAGGCGAGAGAGAAAGAGUGUGAGUUAAAGUGAGAGAGAGAGAAAUCAGAGAGUGCUCAUUGUUAGUGUUCUGAGUAUUCAAAGUAGGGCAUAUCAUUUCAAAACGGUGUAUGCAAACAGUUUGCAUUCCUACAUCAUCAUCAUGGUGUUGAUACACUGAUCUUGCCUUGGUAUAUAUUUUUUUGUUCGUUGCACGAAUCCGUUCCCUGUGUAUUGCGUCAAAGUGCCAAUCAUUUGUGUGGCUUGCAAAAUAUACGAGAAUUCUUUCUGUAAUUUCUCUUUUUUCGUGAAAAUCAAACAUCAACACAAACGACAACGGCGACUACGACUACGACGGCUACAAUAAUAACAACAACAAAAAAUGACGUCGACAGUAAAAAGCUUUACCGAAAUGAAUACGGCAUUGGCGAUCAGUGCCUCAUUUAUUGGCUUGUGCUGUCUGCUUGCAGCGAUUGCACGAAUUGUUGUGUCGCGAACGGUUAAAUCAUGUCUCGUGAAGGAAUUACUGUAUGAAGCGAUUGCGGCUGCCGAACUGUGUAGCUGCUGCUUCGAACUGAUUAUUGUCGCCGAUAAUUUCGGUAUCGCGGCUUAUGCGAUAUUUUUGUUCUUUUUGACGAUUCUGUGGUCAAUGGUCUGGGGCGAUGCAACUGCCUGCUGCUACGUGCAGAUGGAAGAUUGGAUCCAGGGAAAUACGUCGUUGCGUCUGGUAUUGUUGAAAACAUUUGCUCAGCUUAUGGGUGGCUGCUGUGUCUACCGUUUUGUGCAAAUCUUCUGGUGGUUUGAAUUCGCUCACACACACGAGAAUCGCGCCUUUGAAAGUUGUACAACCGAUUUGCAAGUGAAUGCUUAUUUGGGCGCAUUUAUCGAAGGUUUUGCAACAUUGCUAUGCAGACUAGCGUCACGAACGAUAGCUGAUUUGGGAAUGAGGCAUGCAGCAUUCAUUGAUUCGUUCAUCGGGACUGGCCUUGUUGUCGCGGCUUUCAAUUAUUCCGGCGGUUAUUUCAAUCCGAUAUUGGCCACGGCGCUCAAGUGGGGCUGCAGCGGUUAUAGCAAUAUCGAUCAUAUUAUUGUUUAUUGGUGUGGUGCAUGCACUGGGGCUCUCCUAUCCGUAGUGCUGUAUAAAUAUGAUGUAAUUAAGAAGCUCGUUGGCGAGGAGAGUUUGGCAAAACUAAAACCGAAAGCCGAUUAAUUUUAUACAAUUCUAUCCCUUUUAGUUCUAUAUUUGUUUUUUUGUUUUGUUUUGAGCCAAAUGCACUAUAUUGCACAAUGCUGCGCUUAAUUUAAGCUUUGUAUUUUCGAAAUCGGAUCCCCAUUACACAUAUAUCAUAGCGCUGGCUCACACCCCAUUCAAAUCGAUUGUGAAAAUGGGUGCGAACAUAAUUUUAGCUUACAACAUCCAUAUACACACAACGAGAGGGAAUUUAAUUACAAAUUCGUAUGAGUAAGUCGAAUUAGUGCAAUUUAGGCUAUUUUGCUAUUGUUUUCCAUACGUAUACUCUUUUUCGGUUCGCAAUGAAAUUCCAUAAUAAAACAUUUCUGUUAAGA